AUGAUGACUAUUUCAAAUAAGAAAUUUAGUCCACUAGAGGUUGGUACCACGGUUAAGGUUUCAAUACCUGAUGUUGAUCGAGCACGUGGAUCACCACGAAAUCUAUUAGCAGUUAUUACCCAGGUUGAAGACGAUUUAUAUAAAUUAGGUACGGAAAACGGCAUUAUUAAACAUAUGUAUACUCGAUCGCAGAUUGAUCCUUGCAGAGAAAGAUUCGUUGAUUUGGAAUCUGUAAAUACCGAAAAAGAAAUUACGCUGAGAGAAGCUGCAGGUUUUAAUAGUGUCACUGGAUCUCAAGGUUACAGAAGGUGCAAUUGCAAACUAAAGUGCAGAACAAACAAAUGCAUUUGUCGAUCAGCGGGAAUAUUGUGUAAUUCAAAAUGUCACAACAGCAUGCCUUGCGAAAAUAAAUAA